AGAAAAAAAAUCCAACAUAUUCUCUCUGAUUUUAAAGAUAGAUUUCCAUUUUCUUUUUCUGUCGGAACAAAAUCCAGAGAGACUGGAAUUCUAGCCUCUUGUCUCGUGUAGAUAAACUCAGCAUCUUCUCCUUCUUCAUGCAUCUCUCGUGCCCCCCCUCUCUCUCUCUCUCUAAGUAACAGGAACAGUGCAAAUCCUCUGUGUUUUUUGGUUUCUCCUUCUUCUUCGUCUUCAAUGGCGGCAUUUGGAAGCUUGCGCCAUAUAUUCGAAAACCCUAAACCAGAGAAACCUCCGAAGACCCUUUUGGAAUCUCUCUCCUCGCAACCUACAUGGAGCCACAAACCCACCUCCGAGGAUGAGACGCCGUCGUUUACUGAGAUAUUCGGGGAGCUCCACUUCACGGACAAAUCCCACCAUGUUAAUUUUCUCGAUAAUCACGACAACGUCGCCCCUCCGUACGCAAGCUCUUCUUCUUCCUCUUCCUCCGCGCUGCAGCUAUGUACGGAGGGACUGGGGUCGGAGAGCUCGUACGACGUGGAAGACGAUACCGUGAAGGUCAACGAAGAAGUCAACGCAGGAGAGGUUGAAGAGAGGGGCAUUGAGAGAGAGAGGGGGAGGAAGAAGAAGAAGAGGGAGUACCCGCCGGCGAUGAAGAGGCUGAGUUUGAAGGGUCAUAGAGAGGAAGGGAGGUUUGUGUUGGAAGAGGUGAGGAUCCCGAGGAGAGAGAUUCUCCGUGCGAGUCGUGAAGACGGGAGGCUGACGAUGAAACUCGUUCAGACCGAAGACGAAAUACAUGAUUGAGUUGUAAUAAGCCUUUUUUUUUCCCUUCAUCUAAUUAUCGUUUUUGGUCCAAAAUUUGUGCCGUUGUUUUGCAAUAAGUUUCGUCUAGAAUAUGAAAAUUUUGGCUGACGCCCUCCUUCACCA